CACAAGCAGAAUCUUCAGAACAGGUUCUCCGUCCCCAGUCACCAAUUGCUCGAGUAAGAGUUGUCUGCAAUGGCCGCCCUGCAGAAAUCUGUGAGCCCUUUCCUUAUGGGGACUCUGGCCACCAGCUGCCUCCUUCUCUUGGCCCUCUGGGUGCAGGGAGGAGCAGCUGCGCCCGUCAGCUCCCACUGCAGGCUUGACAAGUCCAACUUCCAGCAGCCCUAUAUCACCAACCGCACCUUCAUGCUGGCUAAGGAGGCUAGCUCGGCUGAUAACAACACAGACGUUCGUCUCAUUGGGGAAAAACUGUUCCGCGGAGUCAGUAUGAGUGAGCGCUGCUAUCUGAUGAAGCAGGUGCUGAACUUCACCCUUGAAGAAGUGCUGCUCCCUCAAUCGGAUAGGUUCCAGCCUUAUAUGCAGGAGGUGGUGCCCUUCCUGGCCAGGCUCAGCAACAGUCUAAGCACAUGUCACAUUGAAGGUGAUGACCUGCAUAUCCAGAAGAAUGUCCAAAAGCUGAAGGACACAGUGAAAAAGCUUGGAGAGAGUGGAGAGAUCAAAGCAAUUGGAGAACUGGAUUUGCUGUUUAUGUCUCUGAGAAAUGCCUGCAUUUGACCAGAACAAAGCUGAAAAACGAAUAACUAACCCUUUUUCCCUGAUAGAAAUAACAGUUAGAUCCCCCAAAGCGAUUUUUUUUUAACCAAAAAGAAGAUGGGAAGC